UUUGUUCGUCGAGGACAAUAUACCUAGCGUCUUGAUGACGUUCUAAUCUAGUUCUAAAAAUAUGUAGUCGAUCGUCUGUUUCCUUGGCUACUAUGACAUGAUAUCGUCCAUUUUCAUGAAACUCGGCACUGCUUGGUCGCUCCACAGCGAUUUUGCUAAGCUCUUCUCCGAAGACAGCGAACUACGAUCUUUCCUGUUGGAAUAUCUGAUAGGUAUCGUUCGACUCUGCGAGAAGAUUGUACUUUUCACAAAGAAAUCCGCUCUGGCUCAGUUUGCCUCAUCAAUGCUUUCCUCGCCCGAUAACGAGUUCAAUCCGCUAAUAGAAGAAUUGGGACAAUGGGGCAAGCUCAUCGAACAGAAGUCCAAUAUACUCUCGACUAGGUUCGUGUUAAAAGCAGAAAAGAAUGCCAUCGAACGAAACAUGAGCCUCGUACGGCACAUAACAGGUAGCUCAAGAAAGAAGCAGAACUUUGAUCAGAAAUAUCGACUCCUUCUAUUACUAUCUCCUCAUCAAGCAAACUAUGAAAACUUAUGGCGACGCCAGCGGCGGAAAGGAUCAUGUUUCUGGAUCUUCGAGACGAAAGAAUACUCAGCCUGGCGUAGCCGAGAUGCUUCGUGCGUUUUGUAGUUAAAUGGCAGCAUAGGCAGUGGGAAAACCGUUACACUGGCGAAUAUUGUGGCAGACAUUCACCUACGACAACCGUGCCUUUAUUUCUUCUGCGUAUCA